GCGAAGUCUCAAACUCAACCUCUCCCAGAAGCCUCAAACACAACCUCCCAGAACAUAUUGCGUACGAUAAAUAUAAGAGAAAAUAGAGCUAAGUUGCUGCAUCACUGCAAUUCCACAAUCAAAACAAAACAAAACCCUCGAUUAUUAUCAGCCCCUCACUCUCCCCUGCUCCGCUCAUUAAUGCCCUGUACACCUUUCUCAUCGCCACCACCUCCUCGAAAACCCAAAAUGUCGCCGCCGCCGGCGCAAUCUCCGUCAACUCUCCGCCGCCUCCUUCUACCUCUCCUUGUCUCAUCAGCUUUCCUACACCUCGCCGGCGCUCACCGUUCCUCUUUCUCUUUCUCUUCCGCUCUUUCCGAGUGGCGUCCCGCACGCGCUUCCUACUACGCCGCUUCUGAUCCACGGGACACCGUCGGAGGAGCUUGCGGCUAUGGCGAUCUGGGGAAAAGCGGGUACGGUCUGGCUACAGUUGGGUUGAGCACCGCGCUCUUCGAGAAAGGGUUGGCGUGCGGAGGAUGCUACGAGGUCCGAUGCGUGGAGGAGCUCCAGUACUGCAUCCCAGGAACCUCCAUCGCUCUCACGGCAACCAAUUUCUGUCCGCCUAAUUACGGCCUCCCCUCCGACGCCGGAGGACUCUGCAACCCCCCUAAUUCCCACUUCGUCAUGCCCAUAGCUGCAUUCGAGAAGAUUGCCAUCUGGAAAGCGGGAGUCCUCCCAAUCCAAUACCGCCGGAUAAAGUGCGGAAGGGAAGGAGGUGUGAGAUUCACAAUCGAGGGGCGGAGAUUCUUUGUGGCGGUUCUGAUAAGCAACGUGGCCGGCGCCGGUGAUGUCACGGCGGUAAAAGUGAAAGGGACAGCGACCGGUUGGCUGCAGAUGGGAAGAAAUUGGGGACAGAACUGGCACAUCGCCGCCGACCUUCGAGGUCAGCCGCUCUCCUUCGAACUCACCACCAGCGAUGGCGUAACACUCACCUCUUACAAUGUAGCUCCCCAUGACUGGUCUUUCCGCCAGACCUACAUCGGCAAGCAAUUCCUAUUCUGAUUCAAAACUAUAUUCUCUGCAUGUGCAUUACCAUUUAGGAUUAUCGAUAUAGUUAAUUGUAUUAUUGUUAUGUUGCUUAGAGAAUGGAGAAGUUACUGUGUUCUUCGGAUUUUUGUCUGGAAUCUCUGAAACAGUGACGAUUGUUUACUUGUCUGUUAGAAAUUCUCUGCACUGUUCGAUAGAAUGUCUGGUUUCCCUUUUUUUAGGGGGGUUGGAAGGGAUGCUUAUUUGUAAAUUAGGAUGGCUGUAUGUCUGUAAACCGUUCGAUAAAAUGCCCAAAUGGUUUUGGGGGUUUUGAAUUUGGAAGAGGACGCAGGAAACGUGUUGU